AUGGAGGAUCGCCUGGGCGUGACAUGGGUUGACUCGCCACGUGAUGGCCGCGAACAACCAAUUUGGCCGCUGGAUAUUGACGUGAAGUGGGCAACGAGGGAGCUGCACAGUUUGCUGCAUCGGGUGCAGGGCAUGCUGGAGAAAUCGGCCUGGCAGGCUUCAUUCGCCAGCUGGCUGCUCAAAACCGAGGACAAACUGGUGGCAGACACAAGCCUCCAGCAAAAAGCGGCAUCUGGGGAAUUGCGAGGCGCCGUCGAGAGCAUCGCAUCGGGCAUUGACAGUCUGCAUGGAUAUCUUGAGACUGGGGCAUUCAGACUCCAGUCCCAGAUUGGUCUGCUUUUCAACGUGGUUGGCCAGCGGGAUGCAUUGAUUAAUUUCGAGAUUGGCAGUUCGGCAAAGCAGGACAGCAUCUCGAUGGCGACUUUCACCUUCAUCGCAGCUAUAUUCUUGCCUCCGACCUUUGUUGCAACACUGUUCAGUAUGGGCAUGUUCGACUGGUCGGACGGUGAUGGAGGCAACGGCCACGUGUCGGACAGUUUCUGGGUUUUCUGGGCCGUUGCUGUGCCAUCGACUGCCGCCACGAUUCUCUGCUGGUACCUCUGGUAUAGACAUGCAUAUCGAAAAUGGCAAAAGAAGUUUGGUCGCCAUCGCCCGGAUGAAAGAGCAGGGACGGAUGCUGUGGGAAGGUGA